GGCGAGCCGAUGGACGACGACGACGACAUGGACGACGGGGAUGCGGGAGAAGACGAGACGAUGGAGAUCGGCGAAGACCAGCUCGAGGACAACUCGAUCGGGGCGAGCUCCAUCCACGAAGCGCAGAAGUCGAUUUUUGCGCUGCACCCUCACCCGCGGUUCCCGAACCCGCCGUUGGCGGUGUCGGGCGGCGAAGACGACAUGGCGUACAUUUUCGCGCCGCUGCCCGAGGAGAGCGGGGCGGCGAUCAACGGCGACGCGUGGGCGCCCAUCAAGCUUGAUGGGCAUGCGGACUCGGUCGUGGCCGUCGAGUUCAGCCACGACGGCGAGAUGGUCGCCACGGGCGGCAUGGACGGCAAGGUGCGGGUGUGGAAGCGGACGUCUACGGGCGACGACUAUGGCGCGUGGGCGCCGCUCGCCGAGCUCGACUCGGGCAGCGAGGUGCAGUGGCUGCACUGGCAUCCGCGGGGGCCUGUCGUCGCGGCCGGGUGCGAAGACAGCAAUGUGUGGCUGUGGCAGCUGCCGUCGGGCGACGUGAUGACUGUGCUUACGGGCCACACGAUGCCGGUCACGGCGGGCGUGUUCCCGCCGCCGUUGGGGCGGCAGAUCCUCACCGCGUCGCUUGACUCGACGCUUAUCCUGUGGAACCCAAGCGCGUCCGCUCCCAUGUUCAAGCUCGGCGUGUUCCACUCGUCCAGCGACAUGGUCGACCCCGCCGAGCACGGUAUCACCGCGCUCGCGGUGAGCCCGAACGGCUCGUUGGCCGCCGUCGGCAGCGCGGCGGGCAAGGUCAAGCUCGUGAGCUUGCCCAAAGGCGAGAUUGUGGGGACGCUCGAGGGACACGCGGACGGCGAGAGCAUCGAGGCCCUCGCGUUCGUCGACGUCCUCGGCGGCGCCGGGGGUGGGAAGGGCGUCGUACUCGUGUCGGGCGCGACGGACGGCAAGGGCUUCGUGUGGGACUGUGCGACGGGGCGUGUGCGCGCUGAGCUCCAGCAUGAUGAACCCAUCACAUCGCUUGCACCCCACCCAGCGCCGAAUGUCCACCUCGUGACGUCGGGGUCGGCGGACCGGACGCUCAAGACGUGGGAUGUGCGCAACGGCACCCUCGUGGGCCACCACAAGGGGCACGCGGGUGUCGUGAACGGCGUGGUUGUCGCGCCGGCGCUGGAGGGCGAGACGUCGCCCGCGGGCCUGCCCGCAUCGCAGCUCAUCAUGAGCGCAGGCGACGAGGGCGUGAGCCUCAUGUGGCGGGUGUAGCGAUGUUGCCGCUGCGGGGCGAGGGUCAUAGAAUGUAGACUGUACUAUGCGAGGGUAAUCUGGCGUUGA